GUACCGUACCGGGCCGGGCCGGGCCGGGCCGUGGUGGGGAGCUGAGUCGGGGGGACACGUUCCUGCCAGCUAGCCUUAGACACCUAUGGACGCUAUGCUUCUAUAACCAAUAAAAAGGAGACAAGUCUCUUGACACCUGCCAGGAAAGGGGAGACUUCAGUCUGAAGUAACUGAUAAACAGGUGUGAAGCAUGAGGAUCAACUCUGCUAUUCAGGCUGCUAUUGACCUCACAGCAGGAGCUGCAGGUGGGACAGCAUGUGUGGUGACUGGCCAGCCCUUUGAUACUGCAAAGGUGAAGAUGCAGACGUUCCCCGACAUGUACAAAGGAAUUGUGGACUGCUUUGUGAAAACCUAUAAGCAAGUGGGGCUUCGAGGCUUCUACAAGGGAACUACACCAGCACUUGUAGCCAACAUUGCGGAGAACUCCGUUCUGUUCAUGUGCUAUGGAUUUUGCCAACAAAUUGUGAGAAGAAUUGUUGGAGUAGACAGGAAAACAAAGCUCAGUGAUCUGCAGAACGCUGCUGCAGGCUCCUUCGCCUCUGCCUUCGCCACCCUUGUCCUCUGCCCCACAGAGCUGGUGAAGUGUCGGCUGCAGGCCAUGCAUGAAAUGCAGCUGUCAGGAAAAAUAAUCCAGGGACACAAUACAGUUUGGUCAGUAGUGAAGGGUGUUAUUCAGAAGGAUGGUCCCCUCGGAUUUUACCGUGGCCUGUCAAGCACUUUGCUGCGGGAAGUCCCAGGCUAUUUCUUCUUCUUUGGAGGGUACGAACUGAGCCGGACAUUCUUUGCUUCUGGGAGAUCAAAAGAUGAAUUAGGUCCCAUUCCUUUGCUACUAAGUGGAGGUUUUGGAGGCAGUUGUCUGUGGAUUGCUGUGUAUCCUGUGGACUGUGUCAAAUCUAGAAUUCAGGUUCUUUCAAUGGCUGGAAAACAAACAGGCUUUAUGGGAACAUUUGCAACUGUUGUGAGAACUGAAGGGGUACUUGCCUUGUAUUCUGGACUAAAGCCAACUAUGAUCCGUGCAUUCCUGGCCAACGGGGCACUGUUCCUCGCCUACGAGUACAGCCGGAAGCUGAUGAUGAAACAAAUAGAUUCUUACUGAUACCUUCUCGCAGAUGGAGUGCAAAUGGUUGUUUAAGGAUCACUUAAAGAAACGAUCCAAACCCCUGUAGAUCACAUCGUGGUCUGAGCAGGGCCCAACUCAACUCCAGUUUAGAAUUUGUAAUCUUUUAAAUUCAGGUGAUUUUAGAGAGACGUGUACAUGCUGCUCGAAUUGAACCAGCAGAACAAUCUCCAUCUUGCAGAUUCUGCACUAGGUGCACUGCGUGUCCUAAAUGUAUUUUCCUGACCUGUAAUAGUUAGAAAGACUUAAUGUUGACCUGUUGGGUUUAAUGUAACAUGCAGCAGUAAGCUGUGUUUUCUUUAAGAGGCGGCACUGUUCUAAAAUCUGCGCUGUGGUGCUGAGCUUGCCCAGUUGGUAAGGGCAAGUGUCUGACACAAACUAACAGCAGUGCUGGCUAAUCUUGCCGAGCGUGCCUGGCUUCUACAUGCCCCUGCCCUUCUCCAGCUCCCUUCUGCUCUGAUUUUUCCAAGGUCAUGGCAGUUGGUGUCUGACUCAUGUACUCUGUCCCAGGGAAUGGGCUUAUAAAAAUAGGAAGUGUUCACUCCUUACCUUGGACUUGUAUGACUUGGAGCCCGAGAGAUGCCUGAAUUUGAGAUAAAACGAUGUAGUUACUGGGUUUAAGGAGUCUGUGCAGCAUUUUAUUCAUUUACAAAUCCUUUCAAGUAGUGCUGGAGUCUGCUAAGCACCCUUGAAUUAAACACUUAAUAUAAGGGAGACUGCUGGAAAUAGCUGCUGGCUCUAAGCACAGCAUUGUAGCUUUGUGCAGGCUCUUGUUUGGGUCACCUUGACAGGAAUGAGACCGUGUGCUGGAAGGACAGGAAGCUGAAGAGGAGCAAAAAGCCAGAACUGAGGUCUUAGAGACAACUGACACCUUGGUCUCCCUGGCCUAGCUCGUAAUUACUUGGGCUGGAGUUCUGCCAUUUGCUGUGUCUUCAGCUGAGUGGAAAAAGCUCCUGUGGAAAAGCUCCUCUGAGUGGAUGGUUUUUAUCCUCUCCAGGCCUGGAGGCCGUGCCUGCUCGGUCACGUUACUUGAUUAACUACGCAGUUAGUCAGUGUCACCCAAAAUAACGCAAUAACACCUAUUUCUAGAUGCUACUUUCCUUCUUUAAGUAGGAUGUUCUUUGUACAAGCCUGUUCUGCCCUGUAAGAGGCAGCUGCUACCUAUCCUGGGAGAACCAGAGCAGGUCUCAGCACCACACUUCAGGCCUGGAGUUGGACGGGGGGCUGGUGUCUGCCGGCUAGGAGUGGCAGCCUGCCCCUGCAGGGUAUGCGGGCAGAGCUCUGCGACCCAUCACAAUCCUGGAUUAGGAGCUUGUCACAGCAAGGACUGACAACACCCGCAGCUGGAAGAGCUCAGUUUUGCAUGUUACAGCUUCCCUUUCAGGUCCCAGAAACAGGAAAAAGCUUUAGGCAGGGAUGAAAGCAGCUCACUACCUCCUGCUCCUUGCAGUGGAGCCGGGUGUACGUCACAAAUAGUAUAUUUGUACAUGUUUCUAAGAGUUAGGAAAAGGUGAGGACUGAUUCCAUGUCAGUGGAAUACUUCAAUCUAUUUCUUAGAUUUGUCUUUGCUUUCAUUUUUUAAAGCUCAGGGUUGCAGUUUUUAAUAUAAAAGUUGAAGCUUCAGGAGAAGCAUGGUAUUUUGAACUGAACCUACAGCAAGAAACUGGUGGCUGAAAUAAACUCUCCAAAUGUGUUUCUCUCUUGAAGGUGAUGGAAGCAGUAGUUUUUCCAUUUGCAGCUGCUUAAGCUGUAUACAUGUAUUGGUUGUUCAGCUAAGAACAUCAUAAUGUUGGUACAGGAAAUAAUGAGAAUAAAGUUUGAUUUGAUUAA